CAGGCUUUCCCGGUUGGAAGGAGGGUGUGAGGCUGAGGGCGAGCAGCCCGGGGGACGCUUCGCGCCACGCGGAUCCGUCACUCAGCCGCCCCCGAAGGGAAACUGCUCUGGGAGUCUGCACAGACAGGAUGAGGAGGCUGGGGAAAAGAGUGCAUAGGAAAGGAUGGAAAGAGGACUGGGGAAACUGAGGCAAACUUCAGGAUACCUCUUCCUCCACAUUCCAGCGUCUUACCAUCAACUCUCCUGGGAAUCUUCAGGGAUUUUAUAACUCCCCAGAACCAGGCUGGACUUUUCGCUGCAGCUCAAAGGUAGAGCACUUGCACAGCGUGCAGGAGAGCCCAGUGUGCUGAAAUAGAAAUGACCUGACCUACACCAAGCCUAAAUAUAGGUGAAAGAGAAGAACUGCUGCCUCACCCAUGGACCUGAUCGGUUUUGGUUAUGCAGCCCUUGUGACGUUUGGAAGCAUUUUAAGAUAUAAGCGGGGAGGUGGUGUUCCAUCUCUGAUUGCUGGUCUCUUUGUUGGGUUUUUGGCUGCUUAUGGAGCUUACAGGGUAUCCAGUGACAAACGAGAUGUUAAACUGUCAUUGUUUACAGCUUUCUUCCUGGCCACCAUAAUGGGUGUGAGAUUUAAGAGAUCCAAGAAAAUCAUGCCCGCUGGGCUGGUUGCAGGCUUAAGCCUCUUGAUGAUCCUCAGACUUGUCCUGCUGCUGCUCUGAGCUUCCAGAGGAGCUGCACACUAAAUACUUGUCAUUCUCCUGCAGUGGGCAGGGCAUAUUAUCUGUACCUUAAAAGAUAAAUUCCAGUACAGAAUGUUAAGUGUUUUAUGUUAGAAACAAAGGUAACGCUAUCACCUCUAAUCUGAACAUGAAUCUGACUUUAUUUUAAACAGAGUUUUAAUUGUUUCUAAUUGUCAAGCACUGUUUUCAUUAAAGGUAUUUAAUAAAUCAUGAUACACUUUCAUUUGCUAUGUCUAAUACAUAUAUGUACAUCUGUUUAUAUAUAUAUUAUAUUUUUGACAAUUCUAAAUACUCAUGACUCAAAUAAGUUAAACUGCAAAUUAUCUGAUGAAAUAAUUCCUUAUAUGAACUUCACAGAAUACUAAUGUAGCUGCUACUUGGUGCUUGUGUUUUAUUAGAAAUUUUAUUUUUCCCACUUUAAUUGUAUAUGUUGCCAGUUUUGUCUUGUCUCGAGAAGAAUUCCAUUCUCAGCACACUCUGCAUCCCAACAGGAUGUAUUCAAUAUUCAAAUAAAAGACAUUUUGUUUUAAACCUG